CAUGGAAGGAAGGAAGAAUUCCAAAUAUUAGGUACCAACCAACCGCUGAUGAAGAUGGGACGCACGAAUUAUAAACCCCUUCUUCUCAUUUGCCUUCAAUCUCACAUUCUGCUUCAUUUCAACUAAUCAUCAACUGCUGUAACCACCGCCUCUUCUUUCCUAAAUCUAGUUGCUGCUACUUAGGUGCUCCUAAGUAAUUCUCGAAUUGCAUACGAAUUCGGUUAAAGAAAAAGAAGAUGGGAGAAUUGACAGGGUUCCAGUUGGGAGUUAUUGGUGCAUUGUUUCUAUCAGUGGCAUCAUCAGUCUCCAUUGUUAUAUGCAACAAAGCUCUGAUGAGCAAUCUCGGUUUUCCCUUUGCUACAACGUUGACUAGUUGGCAUCUGAUGGUAACAUACUGCACUCUUCACGUGGCACAACGUUUAAAUUUCUUUGAGAACAAGAGAAUUGAUAUGAAGACGGUGAUCCUAUUUGGCAUCCUAAAUGGCGUUUCAAUCGGUUUUCUUAACUUGAGCCUUGGCUUUAAUUCCAUUGGCUUUUAUCAGAUGACCAAACUUGCAAUCAUACCUUUCACCGUCCUGUUAGAAACUGUUUUCUUGAAAAAACAGUUCAGCCAGAAAAUAAAGUUAUCGCUUUUCCUCCUACUUCUUGGAGUUGGCAUAGCAUCAGUGACAGAUCUUCAGCUCAAUUUUGUCGGCACGAUUCUCUCACUUCUAGCUAUUGCCACCACUUGUGUUGGUCAAAUUCUAACAAACACAAUUCAAAAGAGACUAAAUGUGUCAUCAACUCAGUUACUGUAUCAAUCAGCACCAUUUCAAGCAGCUAUUCUGUUCGUCACAGGCCCGUUAGUAGAUCAGUACCUCACUAAGCAAAACGUAUUUGCUUUCAAAUAUUCACCUCUUGUUUUGGGAUUCAUUAUCCUGUCAUGUGUUAUUGCGGUUUCUGUGAAUUUUAGCACAUUUUUGGUGAUUGGCAAAACAUCACCGGUUACAUACCAAGUUUUAGGACACCUCAAGACAUGUCUUGUUCUUGGAUUCGGGUAUACUUUAUUACAUGACCCUUUCACAGAGAAGAACAUAAUCGGAAUACUUAUCGCCAUUGUUGGAAUGGGGCUCUAUUCUUACUUUUGUACCCAUGAAAACAAAAAGAAACAGAUCGUUGAUCUCUCUCCAAGCUCUCAGAUUAAGGAUAAAGAUAGUAACACACCUCUUUUGGGACAUCAAGAAAAAGAAAAUCAUUUUGAAGCGAAGAAAGCAACGAAAGACUCCCUUGUUUAAGCUAAAGCGAGCGGUAGGGAUUUAAAUGUGUGUAAUUUCUUUUUGUGAUGUAAUUCAAAUGAACAUAAUGAAAUUUUGAUUCUUUUCUCUAUACUUGAUUUGUAUAUAUUGAUGGGUUUGUUUGCAACUA